AUGAAGUUGUCCAUUCUCGCGCUUGCAAGCGCAUACACAGCUAGCGCUGCCGUCAUCGGAGAGAGGGCAACAUAUGCUGUUCAGGGCACACCUGAAGGCUUCGGAAAGGGCACCACCGGAGGUGGUAGUGCAGCAUGUGUAGUUCCCUCUUCAGUGACAGAAUUAAAGACAUGGCUCACUGAUAGCACUGCGCGCUGUAUCGUACUCGACAAAGAGUACAACUUCAAGGGUACCGAGGGAACCACGACUGCAACCGGUUGUCGCCCUGCAUCCAACAAAUGUCCUGGCAACGGGGGUCAGGAUGCUAUCAACUCCGCCAACUGGUGUACCAACGGAAAUGCUGGAACAGGUUCAACAUCAGUCACGGUUACGUACGACAAUGCUGGUGUGACUGCUAUCAACCUAGGCUCCAACAAGUCUAUCAUCGGUGUCGGUAGCAAGGGUGUGAUCCGUGGCAAGGGUCUCCGCAUUGCCAACGGAGCGAAGAACAUUAUCAUCCAGAAUGUUCACAUCACCGAGCUCAACCCUCAGUACAUCUGGGGCGGCGACGCUAUCACUCUCGACGGAGCUGAUCUGGUUUGGAUUGACCAUGUCAAGAUCUCGCUCAUUGGUCGCCAAAUGUUUGUUGCAGGUUACGGUGCCUCCAACCGCGUAACAAUCAGCAACACAGAGUUCGACGGUCAGACCUCCUGGUCCGCCUCUUGCGAUGGCCGUCACUACUGGGCCAUUCUGCUCCUCGGUGGCGGAGACCUCAUCACCAUGAAGGGCAACUACAUCCACCACACUUCUGGCCGCAGCCCCAAGGUCGGUGGAGAGGGAAACACACUGCUCCACGCUGUGAACAACUACUGGUACAGCAACACCGGCCACGCCUUUGAUAUUGAGGCUGGUGGCAUGGUUGUCGCAGAGGGCAACGUGUUCCAGAAUGUUGCUACUCCCCUCUUGAACAACAACGGACAGUUCUUCUCUGCGCCUUCAACCACCGCAAACGCGGUCUGCAAGACCUACCUUGGUCACACUUGCCAGAUCAAUGCUUUCGGAAGCAGUGGAAGCUUUACUGGUAGUCAGACGGACUUCUUGGUCAACUUCUCGGGCAAGAAUGUUGCUAGUGCGUCGGCAGCAAGCUCAAACGUGGCCAACACUGCUGGUGUUGGUAAGAUCUAA